AUGCCGAAGUCCAAUUUGAGGCAACUGGUGAAAGAGGAGAAUCAGUUGAACGCAGCUUUGGCGAAUGUGAAAGAUUUUGUGGAUAAUUUUGAUGCAGUUCGUGACAGUGAUAUGGUUGAAUUACGUUUAGUGAAACUAGAUGAAAUUUUUGAUCGGUUCUGUAUCAUUAGGGUGAACAUAGAUGUGCUUCUAGACGAGACCAGCGAAGAGUUUGAAAGUGCAGCUGAUGACGAUGGUGUUGAUAGCGCGAAGAAUGCUCUAGUCUGCGGUGACAGUGUGCAAACAUACAAGAAUUUUGAAAAUUCGUAUUUUCGUUUGAAGGCAGCGUUGCUUGCUAAACGCCCUAGAACGAAAGUAGAGAUUCCUGAACGUCAAGCUGCCUGCCAACCUUCCCGGUUGAAGUAUCCGGAGCUGAAGCUUCCAUCGUUUUGCGGAAAGCUGCAAGAUUGGAUCACUUUCCGCGAUAAUUUCAAAUCGUUGAUUCACGACAACGGUGAUUUGAGUCCAAUCGACAAGUUUAAUUACUUGCGAGCAUCUUUGAGAGAUGAAGCAUUACUUCAGAUCAACCAAGUUCAGGUGAGUGCUGCCACCUACAACAUUGCGUGGAAUAUUCUCGAGGCGAAAUAUGAGAAUCAUAAGCUGAUAGCACACGAACAUCUGAAGGCGCUGUUUUCUGUUCCAGUGAUGAAGUCGGAGUCGUUUGAUGCCCUGAAUACCGUCCUGAUGACGUUCAAGGUCAAUCUUCAGCAGUUGGAAAAGUUGGGAGAAAACACUGAGAACUGGAGCACAAUUCUAGCAUUCAUGUUGACGCAGAAGCUAGAUACAGCAACCCUUCGUCAAUGGGAAACUCACCACAGUUCGAAUAACAUUCCUUAG